CGGGUCCUGCGCGUCACUUCAUUCAGACCUCCACCUACUCACUUUAAUCCCUCCGCAAGGCAUCCGCCUGCCCCUACGCCGAGAAACGCUCUCAUCUGCCUCAGUAACUUACCCACCUCGUCUCCCAAGCCAACUAGCCCACCAUGGAUAUCGACAAAAUGUUCAAGAUGCCCAAGCUUCCUGGCGGCUCGAAUAAGAGGCGAAUGCCCGAAGCUCCCACACCAGAAAUGCUCAAGAAGAUGAGGGUGGACUCAGAAGGAACAGCUGCCCCUGCACCUCAGAAUGGAACAUCGGACAAGGGCAAGUCGCGUGCGACGGUCGAGGAUGUGGAUGAACACGAAGAGCGAAUGGAACCCGACUUUGCACCUGGUGGCGAUGCAGACUACUUCGCUGAGGAGGACGAGGAAGGCCGGUUCUAUGGCGGUGGGUUGACGCAGGAGCAGAAGGAUAUCCUCAAUAUCUUUGACCAGGCCGGAGGAGAGGAAGCUAGGGAGGACCUCGAGGAGCUAUCUCUGCCAGGGAUCCGCAGGCUCCUCAAACGAUUUGAGGCGGCCGCCAACAAAAACCAGGAUCAACGGUCCAAGUAUCCUGAUGAUCCCACGAAAUUCAUUGAUUCCGAAGCGGACCUCGAUGCAGCAAUAAAAGCCCUCCUUCCACUUGCCCAGGCUCCUCUGCUAGCCUACCCAGAGCUCGUCAAGAGCGGCGCAUUAGCCCGUCUAGUUGGCCUGCUCAGCCACGAGAAUGCAGACAUUGCACUGGACGUGCUAGAAGUCAUUCACGAACUGACAGAUGAAGAAGUGGGCAACGAGAUUGAGGAGGGCGAAGAGGGCGAGGGGACUAGAGAAGAGGCCCUGAAGAUGCUUAUUAAGGGCCUGAUGGAGAAUGCAAUAUUCGAGCUUCUCGUGGACAAUCUCGGUCGCCUCAACGAAGCGGAAGAGGCGGACAGACAAGGCGUCUUCCAGACACUAGGCAUCUUCGAGAAUAUUAUUGGAUCCAAUGCCGACUUCGCGCCACAACUUGUCGCUGAGACAUCUAUCCUGAAGUGGCUCCUCGAUCGAAUACAGUCCAAGGCGAAUAACGAGAACGGAGGGUAUGCGGCAGAGAUCAUGUCUAUCCUGUUGCAAAAUAACCGCACAAGCCGGUUAGAGUUCGGCAAGCAGGACGGUGUCGAGACCGUGCUGAAGGUCUUGUCGCAAUAUCGUAAACGCGACCCAGUCGAUGCAGACGAGACCGAGUUCAUGGACAACGUCUUCGACACCUUGUGUUCAGCGCUAGCAGAGCCUGAGAUCAAGAAGUUCUUCCUCGACAGUGAAGGCGUCGACUUGAUGGUCCUCUUGAUGAAGGAGAAGAUGCAGGCGAAGUCACGCUCGAUCAAGGUGCUCGACUACGCCAUGUCAGGCUCAGCUGGUACAGCAACAUGCGAGGUCUUCGUGGAAGCACUCGGUCUGAAAACCCUCUUCUCUGCCUUCAUGGGCAAGGCGCAAAAGAAGAAGAACCCCGCAGCAGCACCAGCAUCCGGAGACGCAUCACAUACGCUCGGCAUCGUUUCUUCGCUCCUGUCCAACCUCCCAUCUGAGUCUCCCGCGCGGAUUCGCCUCCUUACGAAGUUCGUUGAGAACAACUACGAGAAGGCAGAAAAGCUGCUUGAGAUCCGAGACGCAGCGCAGACUCGACUCAAGAGCGUGGAAAAGGAGAUCGAGGCCGAGAAAGAGGAGCUCAUCGCAGAGGGAGAGGAAAUCGGUCCAGAAGAAGAGGCCCUGUGGUACUUGCGCCGCCUCGAUGGAGGAUUGUUCACAUUACAAACCGUCGACUACAUUCUUGCGUGGAUCGUUAUGGAGGAUGAUGGGAUCCGCACCCACGUACAGCAGAUGUUGAGCAGACGGAAUCGCUCACUCAAAGACAUCAUCGGCACCCUCCAGAUCUACCACGACAACGUCGACGAGGAAGAUGUGAAUGCACAGGACGACGGCUCACCCUCGAGGAAAGAAAUCCUCAGAAACCUGAUAGCAUUCCUCGAGGCCUGUUAGCGCGACCCUUGAAGCGCGCACUGUACACUACUUUUGCUUAUUACUAAUAUGCCAAAACACCCGGACGAUGGUAGGAGUCCAUUGCGAGACGAGAGCGAGGAGAUGACUAUGCGACAGCGAGGAGAGAGGUGGAGGACAGGAGCAUAUCGAGGGCACCCUUGGUCUUGACAAGCUCCUUCUGGAAGCGGAGCUCCGCUGCGACCUUCUUCUGAAGACGGGCGAAUAGAGUGUCAAUGAGUGGCGACUGUCCGAGUACUGGUCUGUACAUGUCUGCGGCCGCGGGUCAGUAUGUGUACAGUGGCUCCCUCGUGCAGACUUACCAAUGACGAGACUCGCGACAUCA